AUGCUUCUUCAAUGUACUUUACUCCUCAAACAAUCAACAUCGACAAAUGUAACACAUGAAGAAUUUGUGAAAGCUACAUACAACUAUGCAACUGAUCUUGUUACUUGUUCAAGUGAAUUGAAGGAACUGUGUUCUCAAAGAAUUAAUCAAUUAAACAAAGAUCGUGAUAAUAUUUCUUUGAUUGAACCAAAGAAUCGAGCAUUUAUGGAACGUGAUCCUGGAAAAUUACAAGCCCAUUUUUCGUCAGUUGCUCAUAAAGCUUCAUAUGAACGAUAUUCCAUUUUCAAAAAUAAGUCGUGCAAUGUCGACAAUUUACUGAAUGAAAAUUGUCGAAAAGCUAAACAGCAGGAAGAAGCAAUACUUAAAAGAAAUAGAAAUAUUAUUAUUACAUUAAUUGACUCGACCAGAUUUUUGGCCCAUCCGGGAUUACCAUUUCGUAAUGAACCUGCUGAAGAAGGAAGUGCUAAACGACAUCAUAUACUUCGAGAAAAACUUAACGCUUCAGAGUUUGGUCUACUGGUUAAAAAUCUUGCAGAAACUCGUUGGACUGCUUCAUUUACUUCAUUACAUGCUGUUGAUGUUUCAUUCGAUCAGAUUAUUGAAAAUUUAACUUAUAUCAGUGAACAACUGACCGAUAAGGAAGCUAUUCAUCAAGCAAUAUGUCUCAAAAGAAAAUUAUUAUUUUUUGAAAUUAUGUCAUUAUUAUUGUUUAUGAUAAAUGUAACCCGUGUAACCUAUGCACUUACUGCUCAUUUACAAGGCAAAGAACUCGAUAUAAUCACUGUCAUUGAUGUUAUUUCUAACAGUCUGAAACUUCUUCAACAUAUGAGAAACGAUGACAAUACAAUGAUUAAUAUGAUUGAAAGAACUAUUCGACGAGCAGUAGCAUUUGAUAUAUAUGUUGAUGCUGAGUUCGAUAGACUUCAUCGACCUCGACAGCGUUCUCGACGUAUUGAUAACAAUCCUAGUACAGCUGUUAACUUAUCAAGGAAUGAAUAUUACACAGGAUUAAUGCGACAAGUACUUGAUCAAUUAUAUUCAGUUUAUAAUGAUUAUUAUAAUACAGUAAACAACAAAUUACGUCCUUUUCAUAAUGUUACACCAGCUUGUGUUACACAGUUUUCACUCAACGAUGCUGAACGAUUGUGUUCAAUUAUACCUGGUCUUUCACUUGUUACAUUUAGUCUUUUUAAACCAUAUUUUAAUAUAAAUGAAAAAGAUAAAUGUAAUUUAACUCGAAUAAUGUUAAUGAACAAAUCAUCUUCUGUUCGUUCAAGGGUACUUGAACAUUCUUAUGAUUAUUUAGAUAUAUCAAAUUAUACUUCAAUAUCUUCGAAUCUUACAUCACUUCAUUUACGUAUAUAUGGUACAUCUUCAACUGUAACUCUUUAUUUAAUUUUAUCAAUUUUUCGUGUUUGUCAUGGAAUUCGACAUUUAGGCUUAACACUACAACACAAAUAUUCAGUUGAAAAUAAUAAUAUCAAUGCUCCAAUUUCAACACAAUCUUUUAAUGAUAAGGACUAUCCCAUAUUAUCGCUAGUGAUAUCUUUCAAUUUAAUAAUAUAUGUUAUAUGUGAUAUUUAUUCAAUUGCUUAUAUUUUACGUUGUAUGCCUAAUCUUAAUCGUUUUAAUUUUACUCUUGCGUCACUAAUGACAUCAUUGCCAUAUUAUCGUGAAUUGCUUAAUGGUUUUGUGUGGCAACAAGUAUUAAAACGUUAUGUUUGA